CAGCGUGUGGGGCUGGCUCGGCAGGGGCCGCCCGCGCGCGGGGUGUGUGAGGACAGGACGCGCUCCAGGUCGCUGAGUGCCAGAGCAGAGCAGCAUUUGCUGUGGUACCUGCUGCUGCCGGUGCGGACGCAGAGCAUCGGACGCGGACGCUGUUGCGUGGGGACAGGAAGGUGAAGCCAUGACGUCGGUCAGUGAAAAUAUUCUCUUUGGAAUGGGAAAUCCGCUGCUUGAUAUCUCUGCUGUCGUGGAUAAGAAUUUUCUUGAUAAGUAUUCUCUUAAACCAAAUGACCAAAUCUUGGCUGAAGAUAAGCACAAGGAACUAUUUGAUGAACUUGUAAAAAAAUUCAAAGUCGAAUAUCAUGCUGGUGGCUCUACCCAGAAUUCAAUUAAAGUUGCCCAGUGGAUGAUUCAGCAGCCAUACAAAGCAGCAACAUUCUUUGGAUGCAUUGGAGUAGAUAAAUUUGGUGAAAUCCUGAAGAAAAAAGCUGCUGAAGCUCAUGUGGAUGCUCAUUAUUAUGAGCAGAAUGAACAGCCAACAGGAACUUGUGCUGCCUGCAUCACUGGUGGCAACAGAUCCCUUGUAGCUAAUCUUGCUGCUGCCAACUGUUAUAAAAAAGAAAAACAUCUUGACAUGGAGAAAAACUGGACAUUGGUAGAUAAAGCAAGAGUUUACUACAUAGCGGGCUUUUUUCUUACAGUUUCCCCAGAGUCAGUACUAAAAGUGGCUUGCCAUGCUUCUGAGAAGAACAGGAUUUUCACAUUGAAUCUGUCUGCCCCAUUUAUUAGCCAGUUCUAUAAGGAAUCAUUGAUGAAAGUCUUGCCUUAUGUUGACAUACUUUUUGGAAAUGAAACGGAAGCUGCCACUUUUGCUAGAGAGCAAGGCUUUGAGACUGAAGAUAUUAAGGAGAUAGCCAAAAAGACUCAGGCUUUGCCAAAGGUGAACCCGAAGAGGAAGCGAAUCGUGAUUUUUACCCAAGGAAAAGAUGAAACUGUAAUGGCUACAGAAAGUGAAGUCACUUCUUUUGCUGUCUUGGAUCAAGACCAGAAAGAAAUUAUUGAUACCAAUGGAGCUGGAGAUGCAUUUGUUGGAGGUUUUCUGUCUCAACUGGUCUCUGAGAAGCCCCUGACAGAAUGCAUCCGCGCUGGCCACUAUGCAGCAAGUGUCAUCAUUAAGCGGGCUGGCUGCACCUUUCCUGAGAAGCCAGACUUCCAUUGAUGGAAAAGCAGGAAAUCCAUGUGCAAGACUACAGACUCUGCCCUGACUGCUUCCUGAGAAUUCCUGUACUAAUAAAGAAGAAAAUUAGCCCUUAUCUUUUCCUACUAUAUAAUGUUCAUUCUUAAUUUAGAUGGUAUAAUAAUGCUCAGUAGGAUCUUUAUUCUCGCAACAGCCUAAAAAAUGUUUAUUUCCAUAGAUAGUGCCACUUUAAUGUCAAUUAAAUACGAGUAUGACAUUUCAAUAGGAAUUUUAAUUUCAUCUUCAAUUACUUUGUAAAUCCAUGUGUAUCUAGCAAAUUAAUCAGUUUUUUUUAACAUUUCUGCUUUUAAUGCAGAUGCAAUUUAAUAUAAUUGAUUUUUAAAGAAAUUAAUCAUAAAAUAUUAAUCUUCAGCAUUUUAUACAGAUAUAUUUAAUCUAGGAGUGUGUGUAUGGCCAUUACAUGCACAUUUAUAUAUAUGAUAAAUGGUCAAUAAGAUAUACAAAUCAUACAACAAGGGCAACAAAAGGGAAUAAAUAAAUAAAAUAAAAUAUUAAAAAAAAAAAAAGAUAUACAAAUCAUUAUCUUGCCAAAUUAUGCCAAAUAGUCUCUUUAGUGCAUACGCAAACAUAAUAAACAUCAAAUAAUUAAAUAAAUAAUUUGACACAUUUAAAGUUCUAUUAUAAUAUUCAAGUAAUAAUAUUAUAUUUACUUAUGGUAUGCUGUAAUUUGAUACAAAUAAAAGCUUCUAAUAUAGUUUUUUUUUUCUGUCUUUGUACCAUGCUCAAGAAAAUAGGAAAGAAAGAUCAUUGUUUAAUAAUACUGGAACCUCAAGUGAUAUCUAAUCUUUUGAUAGAGAUAAGAAUGAAAACAAAAUACAUUGGAAAAUAAAAGUUUUAGAGACCAAUAAUACUUUUCAUUCUUUCUAUUUCAGAUAGGUAGAAAGGGAGAGACAGUGAGAGAGGGAAAGACAUGAAAACACUAGAACUUCCCCAGUGCUGUGGCAUGUGAUACUAGGGCUCAAACCCAGGCCUCGCACACGGCAAGGCUUGCACCCUACCAGGUGAGCUGUCCUCUGGCCCCAUAAUAGUAUAUAUCAAUAAUAGAACCUCUAUAGUCAGAUUUAACUACCUUCAUAGUUUUAAUUACCUUGGAUGAUUUAUCCAGCCUUUUUGAGCUUCAACUUCCUUCCUAGAAAUUGAAUAAUAGGCAGGGAGUAGAUAGCAUCAUUAUACAAAAAGUCUUUCAUGCCUGAGGCUCCAAAGUUCCAGGUUCAAUCCCUGGCAUCACCCUAAACCAGAGCUAAGCAAUGCUCUGGUUAAAAAGAGAGAGAGACUGUCAUGCCUGAGGCUCCCAAGUUCAGUCCCCCACAACACCAUAAACCAGAGCUGAAUAGUGCUUGGGGAGAGAAAGGAAGGAAGGAAAAAAUGGGGAAAGAGAGAGAAAUAAAACAUUAAUUCCCCAAUAAAGAAAUUAAAAAAAAAGAGGAGGAGAGGGAGAAAGGAAGGAAGGAAGGAAGAUAAUGGGAUAAUAAUGUCUAUGUACAAGAUUACUGAGGAAAUUUCAUUAAAAAAUAGCAAGUGUAGCACCACAGCGCCACGACACCAUCUGUGGAACUUGCCCUGGUUGCCACAGUGCUUCCAUGUGUUGAGGAAGCUUAAGCUCAGGGCCUCACCCUGCAAGAGAAGAUAUGGUGACCAUUCUGUCCAGUGAGCUUCAACAGGUUUUAACAGAUAGUUGGGGAAGGACCUAUAAUAUAGGAGAAUAAUAAUAAAGAUAGCAAAAACACUUGAGUUCAGGUCUUAGAGCAGCUUCAAAUAACUGUGUGACCCUCUUAUUGGAUGCUAUUCACAUGUAUAAAUGAUUGGUUGUAACACCCCUAAGGUUUAUUAUGGACCAGUGAAUGGUGUUAACAAGGGUGUUUCACUGUACAUGAGAAAUGGUAGUUUUUACCUGAAGAGUCAGCCAGAAAGAUGGAGGUCAUUAAUUUGUAUACCAUGGUUGGGCAAAUAAAGUGUACACAGGAAACUGAUACAUAAGGGGCAAACUUAGUGCAGAAGGACUAGUGUUCACACCCAGGUCCCCACCUGCAGGGGACAAACUUCACAAGUGGAGAAGCAGUGCUGCAGGUAUCUCUCACUGUCUCCCUGUAUGUCCCCCUCCCCUCUCAAUUUCCGUAUGUCUUAUGAAAUAAAAUAAAAUAAAAUAAAAAGAA